AUGGAUGUACUUUCUGGGCUGGUUGUCUGCAUCGAUUUGGGCCUGGCCUGCGUGGACAUUGAUCUAAGAGCAGCUGGUGCUCCUGGUCCGACCUGGGCCUUUCUGGUAUGUCAGGGUUGCCUGGCAUUUUACAUGAUUGAGCUAUUCUGGCAUGCGUUCGUGGGCGGGUGGCGUGUGCUACGAUCCUUUAACUGGUGGAUCGACGCGAGCAUUGUGAUUGCCUCCAUCACCGAGGUAGUGUUCUUGUUUCUGGGAAGUAGUGCAGAGGAGGUUCGUGUCGUCAAGCUCCUUCGCAUUGCUAGGAUCACGCGGCUUAUCCGCUUUGUUCGGAAGUCGCCCUCGUUGCGUGAGCUGCGAAAGCUCAUGAUGAUGUUUGCAAGCGUGAUUCGCACGCUUGGCUGGUCUUUCCUCUUCUGCUUCAUUGCCACAACGUUAUGGUCGAUGGUAGCGGUGGAGCUCGUAAAUCCCAUUGUCCAACAGCUGGCUGAUGAAGGCGAGUUUAGCGAUUGUAAAGAAUGCAGAGAGGCUUUCUCAUCAAUACUGCAGUCUAACUUGACCUUUCUGCAGACCAUGCUGGCUGGAGACAGCUGGGGGAGUAUUGCCAUGCCCGUGAUUCGCAGGCAGCCUUAUACAGCUAUCAUCUUUGUGGGCGCCCUUGUCUCCGUCGUGUAUGGCAUUUUGAAUCUGGUGGUGGCAGUAAUCGUGGAUGCCGCCAUGGAGCAGAGGGAAAAGGACAUAACGACUCUGGCCGCAGACUUGGAUUAUGAGUUGGAGGAAGAUUUAAAGCUUCUUGGCCAUUUUUUCACGGGGACGGUGGAUGCGAACGGAGAUGGCGAGCUCUCACUUCAGGAGCUCCUUCGGGGCGCUGAGCAGGUGCCAGAGUUUCAGAACCGCCUCCGUGUCAUGGAUAUUGAUGCCGUUGAUCUGGAACAGCUUUUCCGCAUGUUGGAUGAAGCUUGGACUUCUUGGAACUGGAACAAAGGAUUUUCAUAG